UGGUAGAAUCGAAAGCUGCUUUAAUCUGUAAAAGUUCGCUGUGGUUUUUUAAAUCAAGACUUGUGAAUUUAUUUAACAUUAUUUUUGAAGUACCCCGCAGAUACUUUUGAUUUGUUUUUUUGCACAACAAUGGUUCAGAAAUUCGAAUUUAUCCCUCGCUCAGUCAUGCAGAGCCGUGCUUCCAGUGUGUCCGUUCUUUCUCGCUCGUCCAGUUAUGAUAUGCUGGAUUCGGUGGACAAGUCUCAGCAGGCUCUUGUGGGAGAUUUGGAAAAACUGCAAUCGGCACUUGGCAAUGUACUGGCCAUCCAGAAUACUGCUAAUCCAAAUGAGACUGCAGUGAAGUCAAUUGAUGAUGGAGCGGGGAAUAUCGAGCACAAUGCUGGCGAUCCAGCUCAGAAUACUGGCAAUCCAGUGCGGCGUAGGUUCGGGCGAGUGCUUCCGCGACAAGAACCUGUUGAUGCUAAUGCUGGCUUGCCAGCAGCUGCUGGGUACCCAGCUAAUCGCGGUGUCGGCAAUGAACUGGGUGGCUGCAAUGGCCGUGCUGGCUUGCCAGUCGGACGUGCUGGGAACCCAGCGCAGUUAGGCGGGUUGCGCCGACGACCAACCCGCCGGGAUGGAGAACGUGCGCCCGGCUUCCAGCAGUUUUUAUAUAUGAAGAAUACAGAGCAGCGACGCAUUCGCGAAGCUAGUGCACUGGAGGAUGCCGCAGUUUGUCGCGCACGUGAUGACGAGCGUGCUGCCCGAGACAUUCGGCGCCGCCACGAAGACACCGUACUGCAGCAAACUCGCGCUAUGGAAGACGCGGCCACUGAGGCGCGCUGGCAGCGGGAAGAUAAUCUGAUGGCAAAUCAGCGCGCCUACGAAGACUUGCGUAAGGGUGAGGAAUGGGACGAUGCGGUCUACACCAUGCGUGGCCAGAAAUAGGAUCUGCAGGGAAGCCUGCGCGGUCGGGUAGCCGACUUUGGUUUCUGAUAGAUUGAUAGAAUGUUGUAGUACAGAUAUGGCUCGUGUUUCCACAAAGGUUAAUCACCUUUGUUUUGGUUCUUUCUUUUUUUGCUGGUUGUUAUAGGCUUCUGAUCUGGACCAGUGUUUUCAGAACGACUUUUGUAACAAAAGAGAAAUAAAUUUGGUAGAAAGUUCUGUA